UUGUUCUCAGCUACAAGGUGAUCUAACAGUCACAAUCAUUUCUUGAUGGUUAUGGGUGGCCCUGUUUUUCUUGAACUUUUGUUGCCCAGGGAGUAUAAAUUAAAAUAUCAGUAUAAGAUAUCGACAUCUGAGAAUCAUACAAAGGGUUGUCUAAAUAUGUCAGAAAAUCAGAAAAUAAGAGAAGUGAGGAGAUGUAUAUUGUAUUGAUGACUUGACGAAAAUGGAAUACAAGACACAACUAUUGAUAGUGAGAGAUAACACUAACUCAAAUUUCUGACAUGCUUGUGCACUAAAUACUUAAAAAUUCUAAGAAUACUAUAAAGGAUUCUAAUCUGUUCAACAUUUUGGGGAGUUAGCACUUGACUGUAUGGUUUUAGUUCAAUCUGCUGUUUUAUAUGUAUAAUCAUGUGUUUGUGAUAGUUCUCACUUCUCUAUGUCCUUAUUGCUGCGACUGACGUGGUAUAAGGUGGAUGAUUAAUCUUUUGGGUUGAGGUGAAGGCGGAGGGUAAAGUCUUUGGAUAUCCUUUCAGAUCCAUGUUUCUUCAUUUUAUCUUAGUGUGGCCUCCACUUACAUGCGUGCCUUAACCACUCUUUGCGGUAACUUUGUUUGCUGUAAAAAAGCUUAUUUUCAGCCAUUUUUGCAGGUAAUGCAGCUGACAGAUAAUAUACAACUGAUACUGGACGUUAUGAGGUCCUCUACUGCUGUAGAAGUGCAGGGCGAAAAGUUAAGGCGGAGAAAUGACUGGAAUCGUUGGCUCAUACCACCAUCAGUUCAGAAUUCAACCAUGUCAGGUCCUCAAUCUCCACAAAAGUAUAGUCCUGAUUUACUAGCAGAAAAUCUCCAACGUGUUACCUUUGAUGAUAAGACUACAAGACGUGGAACUGCCGAAGCAUAUCAUAGUAGAUCAUCAUCUGUUGAAUUAAGUACUCCAUCUGAGCGGUUUGGCAACGAAAUGGGCGGACAAGCUGGUGCUCAGCAUGUGCAGCCAAUGCCAGUUGAAAAUCCAAGUAAAAGAGUUUACUGUUCUGUGGUGGAGUGAAGCCCAGGGGUUGGUAGCUAUUGUGCUUCAAGCAAUCAAUGAGUAUAGUCAUUACUGUUGCCGAUGGCAAUGACGUAUCAGGAAAUAGACACACAAUAAACGAGAACAGAAUGGGGAAAAGAAUUAUACUGGCAUUUAAGCUGGCAGCUUGAUUUUGUUGGGAUAUGAAUUUUGUUUUGUCAGGGAUAAGUAUUUUCUUUUCCUUUUAUGUUAUGUUGUUCCUCCAUCAUGGUUAUUUCACAGGCAUGGGGAAUUUUGAUUCUACUUCCUCAUGCAGCCCCAGUUUUAUUUUCUUUAACCAAAAUCUUUGGGGCUAAGGUCACUUAUCUUUAAAACGAGGUAAAGCUUAUGGAGAGGUAUGAAGUUUCUGGCUUCUGAUUUUUCUUCCUGAAAAGCUGGAAGACUGGUGCUGGCCCUGGGCACAUGAUUAUCUUGUUAUUGUCUUUCUGCUUGUGUCAGUAUUGCACCACUGACUUUUUUUUAUAUGUAUCCUUUUCCCAAGAGGCAUAUGUUGCCCUAACAAAACUUAAUAAGCAUUUUUAUGCUUGAUUAUGAUA